GGGCGCAGAGCUCUCAUGGCGCUCUGGGUGAUUGUCCUCUGUACCUUGAUAGCAUCGCUGCUCGGUGGGCUCUACCUCCUGGGCGCAUUUCGGAGACGGAGACCGGAUGAGCCGCCUCUGGACAAAGGUACCAUUCCCUGGCUGGGUUACGCGCUGGAUUUCAGAAAGGACAGUUCAGAGUUUCUAAAACGUAUGCAGAGAAAACACGGGGAUAUUUUCACGGUGCUGAUCGGAGGCUAUUACUUCACCUUCGUGAUGGACCCCUUCUGCUUUGGAGCCAUUGUGAAGGAAUCACGAUCUAAACUAGACUUUAAGACUUUUGCAUCUAAACUGGUCCUGCGGGUUUUUGGCUACAAGUCCAUCAAAGCCAACCAUAGCAUAAUUCAUGCGUUGAGCACGAAGCACCUGAUGGGAGACGGACUCACUGUCAUGACACAAGCCACCAUGGAGAACUUUCAGAAGCUGAUGCUUUUCAAUCUGAGCUCAGGAGAGGAGAAGCGAGUGUGGCAAGAGGAUGGCCUCUUCCACUACUGCUACAACAUCGUCUUCAGAGCCGGGUACCUGGCUCUGUAUGGCACUGAGCCACACCAAGGGGCAGAUAACAAGGAAAAAGCUAAUGAGCAAGAUCGCAUCCACUCCAACCAGCUGUUCCACGAGUUUCGGAAGUACGACCGCCUCUUCCCUCGCCUGGCCUAUGGUGUAUUGCCUCCCAAGGACAAAAUAGAAGCUGAACAGCUGAAGAGGCUCUUCUGGAGCAUGCUGUCCGUGAAGAAGAGCUGGCAGAAGGACAACAUCAGUGGGUGGAUAAGUGAUCAAGACCAGCUUCUGGCAGAAAACGGUGUCCCCGAGUACAUGCGGGAUCGUUUCAUGUUUAUGCUCCUCUGGGCAUCACAAGGCAAUACGGGCCCGACUGCCUUCUGGCUCCUCUUGUAUCUAAUGAAACAUCCAGAAGCUAUGAAGGCUGUGAAGGAUGAGGUGGAUAAAGUCUUAAGGGAGAACAGCCAGGAAGCGAAGCCAGGGAGCCCACCAAUUAACAUCACUAGGGACAUGUUAAACCAGACUCCUCUUCUGGACAGUGCUCUGGAGGAGACCCUGAGGCUGGUUGCAGCCCCAAUACUGGUCAGAGCUGUCCUCCAGGACAUGAGCCUUAAGACGAGCAGUGGGACAGAGUACACUCUCCGCAAAGGAGACAGGGUGGCUUUGUUCCCGCACAUCUCUGUGCAGAUGAAUCCAGAAAUCCACCCUGAGCCUCAUGAAUUUAAGUACGACCGCUUCGUGAACCCAGACGGCACCAAGAAAGAUUUCUGCAAAAAUGGGAAGAGGCUGAAAUACUUCAACAUGCCUUGGGGGGCAGGAGUAUCCAUCUGUCCUGGGCGGUUCUUCGCUGCCGCUGAAAUUAAACUGUUUGUGUUCUUGAUGCUGAGUCACUAUGACCUGGAGCUGGUCAACAGAGAAGAGGAGAUUCCAGCAAUAGACAUCAGCCGCUGGGGAUUUGGGACAAUGCAGCCUGUUCAUGACAUUCGGUUCAGAUACCGGCUACACUUUUAA